AUGGAGAUAAGAUUAGAAGUUUUGACAUCAACAAGUAUCAAGCAGAAAAAACCCUGGCCACGAAUCACUUGGUUGGGACAGGAAAAUGAAUCUGUUUUUCUUUUGGAUGAUAAAUUCAUAAAUGAAAUCAAUUUACUAUCAGGAAGGACAAAGAAGAAAAUUCCUAUUCUGCAGCCUUUGUUGAAGGAUGUUAUUGUCCUAACAACAUCCAGUAAUGAUGCCUGGCUGGCUGGGGUACUCACUACAGGAGAACUUUUUCUUUGGAACAAAGAUCAAGAUUGUUUGAAAACUAUGCAAGCAGCUAAAGAGCUGAAGGAAAUAAUUAAAGCUGCAGUAGCGAGCUCUUUGAGAUUAUAUUUCUAUGUAUCUGGAAAUGGGAAAAGAGUUCUGCUUACAACGCCUUCUGGAUGCAUAUUUCUUUGGGAGUAUUUGGAUUCUAAGAGUAUUGUAUCUUCUAAAAGUCCUACAUUGGUGGGCCAAUGGUCCCAGAUCAGACGUGAAGAAACAGUUCUUUUGCCUUCCAUUGAAGACAAAGAAGCUGUAGUGCAUGCUGUUUUUAUAAAAAAUGAGUUAUUUGGAGAUUGCUGCUUAUGUUCCUUUACUUUUUAUUCUGGGGAAUGCCUUAAGUUAACGCUUCUGGCAAUUCGGUGGCAUGAGAAUGUAUUUACACCCAUAAGAUCUUUGCAAUAUCAUGUUCAUUGGGCACAAGAAGACUAUUUUCUUUGUAAUCUAAUUCCUAAAUGUGAACCAGUAAAGUCAAAAGGAGCUCUAAUUUCUGCCUUUUCAAGAGAUGGCCUUUCCCUGGCAGUAACUCUUAAUCAGAAGGAUCCAAAGGCAACUCAGGUAUUAUUUGUAAACACACUGAAUUUUGUCACUCUCUCUGGUAGCCUUAAAGGAUGUAGUAACAAAAAUCCUGUCGUUCCAGCCACACUUGUCAGAUCCUAUUGGGUAGGUGAUAUCAGCUGGACGCAUGAUAAUCUUUUUCUGACUUGCAUGUUAAAACGUGGCUCCCUGGUUUUAUUGACAUGCCAGGGCGAAUUGGUAACAUUAAUUACAUUUGGUUGCUCUAUAGAAUUUGGGCCAGCAGAAUUUAUUCCUCUUCAUCCACUAAUAACUUAUAGACCACAAAAGUUUACAUUUCAAGAUUCAAAUGAUUCUGUAGAUUCAUCAGCUUCUGAUAGUGAUCCUAUGAGACAGAGGUUUUCGGUCAGAGCACACUCCCGUUUACCGUACCUCAUUAUUUCUGAUGGAUAUAUGAUCACAACCCUGCGAUUUCUUGAUAACCUGUCUCCAUCAGUGCUCAUGAGAUCACUUCUACUUGAUUCAACCCAGCGGCUUGAGAAAACAUACCAGAGUGUAGUAUUAUCUAAGCCCAAAGGCAAAGGGCUGAACUUGCGAUCACUGGAUUCCCUCAGGUCUAGUCUGUUAAAACACCAAGAAAAUGAAAAUUCAGCUGAUUCAGGAGUCCCCAAAUUCUUGCAGGCAGAAGAAACACUGGAGUUAACUGACAGAACAGGAGAUUUGCAAGAUAUUGAAGCAGAAGAAACUAAUGAAGGCAAACACUUUCCAAACAAUUUACUCCCUUUCUGGAACCAAAAAAAUGAUCCAAUAUUUAGUAAUGUUAAACAGGGAAGAUUGGAAUUUGCAUCUAUGUUUGAUACGAUACAUGCAAAGGAUGACACUGAAGAGACAGACAGAACCAUUACAGAACUGCAUUCUAUCCAGAGAAAUCUCCUAGCAGCAUGGAAUAUAGGAAUUUCAAAAAAUGUGAUGGAAAAAAAUAUAAUGUUAAAUUACACAGUAGUUUGUAUCACUCAUUUUUUUUACAUUCUUCAGUUUGUAAAAUGUCCUUUCCCUAAACUUGGUAUUUCUUUAGAUAAGAGUCCAAGAAAUAAUGCAUGGUUGCUUUGUAUCUUUCAACUUUUUAAUCAGUGUUUAUCAAUCCAGUAUUGGGACAUGAGAUACAAGCAAGAUUUGGGACAUUUGGUAAAGCUAACCUCAUAUACUAUAAAACUUUUGCUGAUUCAACAACAUAAGGAGCAGUUAUUCUCAGAGAAGCUUUUAGCCUGUUUUUAUUUACUUAAAAUGGUGGCUUCUAAUUUAAAUGGCAUAUAUAAUCUUCAGCCUGAAAUAAUUUCUACAUCAACUGAUGGAAGUAGAACAGCAGCUCAAGACUCAUUGGUGGUACCUAUUUUUCAAAUGUUUCAAAGCUAUGGUUCUCAGGCAAAAUGGUCUUGGAGUUCAUCUUUGAAGAUGUGUCCUCAAGAUGUAAAUCUUGUUCAACAGCCAGGCCACAGAUUGAUUGCUCUCUGGAGAGUAUUGUACAAAAAAACGUUAUGUUAUCAAGCACAGUUAAGUCGAAGAGCUCCUAAAGGUGACAGACAGUUAACUGAAAAGAUGGCACAUGAAGCAUCUACUGUCAAGUCCCUGCUGUGUCAUAUACAGGCCAACUUACAGGCUGCUGGAGAUCACUUGAACCAAACCUUAGAACUUAAAUCUAUAAAUGGUGAAGAAUAUUUUCUAUUAGGAUCAUAUGAAAAAUCUGUUCAACUGUGGAAGAAAGCUCUACAAGAAACUCUAGAGAAAGGAGGAAGAAGGACAUGUUUUCUUCAGAUACGCUAUUAUCUUUCUCUCUUAUAUUGCCACCUCUUUAACUACAAUUUAAAUGAUGCUCAAGGAAUGUGUGAUCAGCUUGUAAGAGCAAUACUGAGAUGGUCCCAUCUACCUGUAAAAGAAACUGAAGAUUGUUCAGUUCCUGAGAAGUCUCGCUGUGAGCUCGAGAUGACUGGAAAUGUUCAUCCUGAAGUGGCAGUGAAAGUUAUUCAGUCCAUGGCCCGGUUCAUGGCUGCCUAUUUCACCAAUAAGCAGCUUUGCAUUCUGCCACCUCACAAUGUGAAUGUUCUUCCUCCACUUCAUAUUAAAGCAGACCAGUCCCUUCGACUUAUUCCUCUGCAACACUCUAAGGUGGCCAGUGUUGUUAGAGAGCAGAAUCUCUCUAAUGUGUGGACAGUUGAAUAUGCACUUGAAUUAUUACUUAUUGGUGGCCUAGUUCCUGAGGCUGUGUGGUUGGCACAUAAACUUGGAGACUGGAAGACAUCUGUUUCAAUUGGUGUGGCCUUCCAACUAUUCUGUAAACAUGAUAACAAUUUCACUAGGUCCAAGAGGAAAGGUAUGAAUCUACCAUUAAAUUUGACUCCAGCCCAGAUUUUCCAGGAAAAACUUCAGUGUUUUUUAGGUCAACCAGCCUUUUUGGAAUCAAAAAAUGGAAUGAGUUUAAAAUACAAACAAUUUACAGAUCCUAUUGAAGAGGAAGAUACAAAUCUUUUGUUUGGUUCAGUGCAAGAGGUUCUGAAAGCAGCAGUGAUGGCUGAUGCAGAUAUUCUUUCAGCGACAUUUCAGCUUCUGAUAGACUCUGCCAAGGACUUCAGUAAGAGACUGUGGGGCUUAGUGCCAGCAGGCUUGUAUCUCCCAGCUCCUCCAUUAUAUUGCCCUCAGCCAGCUAUUCUUAGUGAAGAAGAUAGUGACGAUCUUCUUUUAAAAACUGAAAAAGAUUAUCGCCAAAAGGUGUCUGGGAUCCUUCAGCGUAUUCUCUUGCUUUUCCGGGCAGCUCGUUGUUCUUUUCCUGCAGCACAGUGGUACAUUUUAAAGUUGAGGUGGGCAAGAAAAAUCAUGCAGAAGAUUCGAAUGAAAGGGUCUCUUCCCUCCUUGAGUCCUUUCCCUCAAUCAUUACUUAAUUAUUGUAAAGGAGGAGUAGCAUUCUUUAGACCGGGAGCAGCCGGAGACCACAAGCUUGAUGAAGUUUCCUGUAAAGCAAUAGGUUGCUUCAGAGAACUUUGUGCUUUGUGUUGGAUGCUGCAUAUCCGUGAAAAGUUAUCCUAUAGUUGCAGGCAAUAUCAGAAAGCAAGAGAAAAUGUGGGGGAAAAAAAGGACUUGGAAGUGGAGUUUGAUUCUUGUAUGGUUGAGCACUGUAUUAGUGCUGUGGAAUGGGCUUAUAGAAUGCUACCUUUCUCUCGAUUUUUGAAUAUUGAAGAACUUAUUCAGGAUACAAUUUUGAGUCUUAUUGGAGACCUGCCACCAAUCAGAGAGGUAGCAGAAAUUUUCACAAAAGCAUUUCCCAAUCCUGAGGACAUAAGGGUUUCUUUAAGAGAAAAAUAUCACUGUCUUCAACAGAGACUCAGACACAGUGUUGUGAAAGGUCCCCAAACUGAGGAAAUGAUGUCUGUUACCAUGCAUUCUAUCCAUAAAGUAAGAGUGAAAGCUCUAAAGCGUGUGUGGAGAAAUAUAGGUUCUUUUGAGACUAAUAUAUGGGAACCAAUUGAAGAAGAGAAAACAGAUGACACCCCAGUUUUUGACAGGUUUUCACUGGGGACUAGUUUGAGUAGGAGUACACUCACAGAACUGGGGAUUACUCUGGUUCACAGUGAUGCAGAUCCAGCAGAUACUUUCUCUGAAGUUUCGUCAGUGGAAGAAAAAAGCAGGAUAUGUUUCUAUCAAAGAAAUGCCCCAAAUCACUUGGAAUUAACAUUGAUUGGUAAACCCAAUGAAGAAAAGAAAGUAUAUAAUCAGAAAGAAAACUCUAAAAGAAAAGAUCAUGAAAAGUCAUCACAAAAUACAGUUCCUGUAAUAGGUGUUUGGGAAUUUGAACGUGAUGAUGAUGAAUAUAUUAAAUUCCUUGAUCUCUUCUUGAGUUAUGUUCUUGAAAGAGAUCUACUUAGUUCCAGUGAUCCAGGUAUUCCGUUUUUAACCAGUUUUUCUUCACAUCUUAGAGAACACGAACUUAAUUCUUUAGUUUUUGAUGUGCAUACAACAUUAAAACGACGUCAGGGUAAAACCAAAAGCCAGAACGUUUUUAGAGCUGGCUCUUGCUUUGUUGUUGCUCCUGAGUCAUAUGAAUCUGAAAACUCCUCCUCUUUAAACAAUGAUUGUGCCGUACGUUUGGAAAACCAGACACUUUCUACUACAGUAGUGGUUAAUCAAGGCAUCAGGGCUCUUGCCAAGAAUCCUUUGAAUGAAGUCAGUAAAAAUGAAAUGAAGAGUGGAUUGUUUAGUUUAAAACAAAACUCAGUUUACAGAAUGCAGAAUGAUAACCGAGAGAAGCCUUUAGUCCACAGAUUGUCUACUCACAUUAUUUGGACUCCCAAUUCCAUUAAAACUAGUAGAUGUAUUUUCAAAGCAAUUCGAAGCGAUGAUCUUAAUCCUCAAGAAGAUCUUCCACUGGCACUAAGUAACACAUUUGACAGUAUAGGACGGCUGCUGGAAUGGAUGGUAAGAUGGUCUGAAAGAAGACUGCUCUGUGAUUCUAGUAUCAUUGAAUCAUCCUGGGAAUAUAGUCCAGUAAUUCGUGUAAAGACUUCUGCAGCUGCCAUUCUUACAUCAUUAUGGCUUUUAGGACAACCCUGUUUUGCUACAAAUAAAGCAAAAAAUGCCAUUAUGAAGGUUAUAGAGAAUCAUCACUCUGGAUCUCAGACUGUGUCCAGUAAUAAUCAUGAGAGCAAAACAGAUAAUGGCUGUUUAGUUGCUGUAUCAACUCAAGAUGGGGCUGAGGGAGGAAAUUAUCACAAUGAAUCUUGUCAGAAUAUCUUAAACUGGUGUAUUUUUGUUCAUAGAAUGCCAACUGAAGCAAAAAAACCUGAAAUAAAAGAAAUCAAUGAUGAUAUUAUUUCUGCCACUCAUGAUCCUGAUCCUGAAAAAGAGCUUAGAAAUAUUGAUGAGGAUCUUUUAGAAGAAGUAGAAACAUUCACACAGGAGGAAAUGGAUAUGCACAUAUCAGACUAUGAAGAAAAUACCAAAGAGCCCAUUGAAAAUGUCAGAAGUCCCAGUAUUGCUAUUUGCAUUCAGACUUUACCACAGCAUGCAGAAGAACAUUCUACAGUAGAGGUACAGUGUUCAAGAGAAGAACCACUGGAGACAUAUAUGGAGAAAAACUCAACUGAGCAGAAAAGGGAAGGAGGGAAAAAUAUGAUUGAAGACUUUUCAAAUUUGGAACUUACCAUUCCUCAUUCAUUGUGUGUAGAUACAAGUUCAGAGCUUUCUAGUGCACAGGUCUCUGCCUUUAAAGAUAAAUCUUCCUCAGUUUCACCUUUUGUAUCAAAUGGAAUCAGUGUUGCUUCACAAACACCUGUUUCAUCACCUUGCAAGACCCUGAGAAAUGAACCCAGGCCUCAAUUACCAGAUUCUUCGGAAUCUGUUAGGCAGAUGCUCCAAGAUGAAAUGUUUAAAUUAGUUCAGCUGCAACAGAUCAACUUCAUGAGCCUAAUGCAGAUAGUAGGAUCAUCCUUUGCUAAUCUCCCAAAUAUACAUCAACUUGUACAGCAGUCUCAGUCUGUGCAUUUGGUGGGAAGCCAAAUAUCAAACCCCACAGGACCAAGUGGUGAUGUUGAAGACAGCAGUGGAAAUGUUAAGGACAGAUUUUUCAUUAAUCAACAAUCCAAGGAAGAGUGCACCAGAGAGUCUGUCAAGAAUAGCCCACAUUGCCAUAAAGGAAUUGCCCGAUCUGAUCAAAACAGUAGUGGAAAUGUACAGAAUGUUCCACAUGACAGUAUUCCUUUAUGUCAUAUAGAAGACCAACCCCAGAACAGAGGACUAACUCCAGCAUCUGAAGCCCCUGGUGCAAAUACUCACCUUCAUCUUUUGUCUGCAUCUCCUGCCAGUCAGAACACACCUAGACUUAUCCCAACAGCAAAAACUUUCAGUCCUGGUGAUGGUUUUACUUUGCUUCAAAUUCAACCCAAGGAUGAAUUCAAGCUACUUCCCUUAUCUACAGGAAGAGUUCCACAAGUUCCUCUCAGGCCUCUGCCACAACCAAGAGAGGCUUGGGGAUUAUCUGAUUCCUUCCAGUCUCCUUUGCCACAGAGAGAAGGACUUACUACUUCAAUUUCCUAUUUGAAUUUGGGCCAGUAUGAUACUGGAGCCAUAAAAAAGGCAGUUGAGCAGAAAAAAUGGGCAGAAAGUGUAAUUACAGAAAUCCCUACACAUCUGAACUUUGCUCAUUAUGUUGGACAAAACUUUACACCUCAACAGGACUCUUCAUUACUUGUAAAACCAGAAAAACUAUUUGAGAUUAAGCCAGGUCCCCAUGAGAUAUAUCCUCAGAAUUCCAUUGGACUUCCAUUAUUGCACCUGCAGUUUAAACCUCCUUAUAUGUUUUCAUCAGCCUCGAGAGCAUCAGUUGCAGUUCCCUCAGUGCCUGUCAGAAUGAUAGCAGAACAAAGAAAAUACUCAAGAGUAUCAUUACUUCACUCAUGUCUAUCCCCAGAAAAUACGUAUAAAGAACCACAGCUUAUCCCACUUGAAAAUCUUGUUGCAUUUAAACAAAGCCAACAGAGACUAACACAUAACUUAUUUGAACAAGGUGAUCCUGGACCAAUUCAGCUUCUAAAUGUCAAAAUAGAAUCACCUGAAAUAAGACAAGAAAAGGACAGUAAAAAAAGGCAAAGAAGACGAGCUGAGAAAGAGCUGCAAGAAAAAAGUUCAGAGAAAAUGAGGAAAAAACCAAGUGUGACUUUCCAGCCCAAAGAUUCCAUCAUUAAUAAUAAUAAUUCAGAGAUGGUUAUGAAACCCAAGGAGCAUGAAGAACAUUGUGUUUCCGAGCCUUUGGAUGACUUUGAUAUCCCUUUUGAAAUGCUUCAAGGUGACAUUACUACAUCAGCUGGAUUACAUUUCAUGGCCUCUGUAAGGAAGAAAGCUAUAGAAAGUCAGGAUGCAAGUACAAAUACGGACCCAGAACACAAAUUUUUGAGUGUUCCUCAGCUGUUGGCUCCAGAUGUAUAUUUAAAUAUCAAGUUGCCCACUGAAGUGUCAGAGAAACCUUUGUCACCUUCAACUGAAGCAAAUUUGGAAUUACCUGCCAAAGAAGAACUUUUAGAUGAUAAUGUUACCAGACAGCAAAGUGAUCAUCCAGAAGUUCCAUCUUCUGCUGAGUUGCAUUAUAUGGCAGCUUCAGUUACUAGUGCUGCUCCCCUCCACAAUAUUAAGAGUGAAGAUGUGUCAAAGCCUGAGUUCAAAGAACAGAGCAUAAAGACAGAAGCUGCAGAAGCUUGCCUGUUGUGGAAACUGCUGCAGGAAGUUUCUGAUGCUUCUCCUGCACCAAGCCCUGCAGCAUGCAAACUAGAGCAUCUCACAUCUAAACUUCAGGAAAUUGAUGAACAGCUGUUGGCGAUACAGAACAUUGCUGAAAACAUAGAGCAGGAUUUCCCCAGGCACAAAAUGGUAGGCCUGUAUUCUGCUAAGAUAGCCCUUCUUUGUUUGUUUGUUGAACCAGUAGAUCACAUUGAAUUAUCUUCUAGCCCUAAAUUUGAUAAAGCACUGGCUUCAAAAACCAUAAGCAUUUCUGCAGAAGUACCUUUCUUAACUCGUAUGGAUAAGGAAGAUCAAGGUGACAAAGAGGAGACUUCAGGAGCUGAGUUUUCUGUAACAGAAAAUUACCCUAGUCUGAAAGCCAGCGUGUUUCCUCCUGCCGACUCAGCUGUCAGCCUUUCCACUGACCAGAGUACAACUUCUGCUGGUGUGAAUAAUAGUGGUGAAUUAUUUGAGAGUGUUUCAGUAGAUCCACUUCAGAUGACUGGAUUGACUGAUAUUGCAGAUAUUAUUAAUGACCUUAUUACAAAAGAUGGAGUUUCUAGUGAAGAGCUUGGCUUAACAGAACAACAAACUAAGACUAUCUCCAGAAUUCAGCAUACUUCUGGCAGAUGUCCGCAAAGAACUGAGAAGGAGAGAAGAGAGAUUCGUGUCUGGAUGAAAAGAAAACAAAAAGAAAGAAUGGCAGAGUACUUAAAUCAGCUGGCAGAAAAGAGAGGGCAAGAGCAUGAUCCUUUCUGUCCCAGGAAUACUCCAGUAAGUCUGCAAGGGAAUCAUCAUGGUCACAAUUUUCCAGUAAAUCGACCUGGAAAAGUCAGCUAUAUAUCCAAAUCAAGUUACACUCAAAAGAGGAAACCCUUUAUACAACCUCAAGAUUCACCAAGGCCAGGUGGAACUGCCACUUUUACCAUCCACGAUAAAGCUGGUGGAGCCAAAGCGGCGAUAUGGAAUGCUGUUCAUUCUCCAGUUGUCUUCCAGAAAGGCUUUAAUGCUCCAUAUUAUAGGCCACAGCAUACAAAAAAAUAUGGAAGUGCCAGGCUUAUACCUCAAACCAAGCAAGGGUAUAUAGAAUAUGAAAGAGAGGAGACUGUGGUGAGUCCCUGGACACUACCUUCAGAUAUCCACAAGAUUCUUAAUGAGAGUCAUGAUUCUUUUCUACAAGGCUUGUCACCAUCUGAGGAAGAAGAGCCAGAGCCUUCUGUUGGAGUGAGUGGCAUGGACAGCAUGUCGGAGAGCACUGGCAGUAUCCUUAGCAAGCUCGACUGGAAUGCCGUUGAGGACAUGGUGGCUGGAGUGGAGGACAAAAGCCUGUCUGUCCACCGGGCCCUGGGCCUGAUCUUCAGAACUCUUAUUAAUGGCUUUCCUAUCUCCUGUUGUCCGGGAAUGCUGCCUUGUGCCAGAGGCUCCUGGAUGGCGACCAGCUCCAGGCGCGAGGCCACCCAGAACCUCAUAGGUGGCCAAGCCCCACGCCCAGAACGUGAGGAGGGCAGCAGCCUGGCCUUGUUCAGCACAUUCCCCCUACUCCCUGGAGAGCAGGGCCAGCCUCCAGACUGCCAGGAAAAUGAGGAAACUUAUUUACUGUAUUUCAAGUUUACUGAUCAUCGACUACAUGCCAGGGAGUUUCUAAUAAAAGUGGGGAUAUUUUAA